AUGACUCCACGAACUAUCUACCGGGGCCAAUUGGGGUCCGCCUCCUUGGUCAAGACUCCCAUAUACCUCAGAACCAGUAUCGAACGAACUGCACGUAUCCAUGCUGCUCAAGUCCGCAUGCUAUGGUGGUGGAAUCGCCAACCGUCAGAUUGGCAGUCUUCCUUUGAUGAACACACAGAAGAACGUCUGAGAAGACAUCAAAAGAUAAUGAGGUAUAAAUACUCAAAAGCUCUCAGGCGGAGAGCAAUGUGGGAGCGAGACGAUAUUCAGCCAUGGUCCUGGAAAUCAGCCCGCUGGCAGAUCAACCAACAUUGCCAUCACACUCCAGUCUCGACUACCACAUCUUCUCAACCUCCAGCAAACAAGGAAAAAGAAGACUCCCAUGCUCCCAGGUCGGAAACAAGCCGCUUCCAUGCUUUCCGAUCUUAUGUUGAUCAGGAGAUUGCAAGAGAUCCUUAUGGCCUUUUGUUCGGCAAACGUCUGGAGAGUCCUCCGUCCACGAACAACUCGUCCUGGACGUCAUUCUCUUGGAUCUUUCAGCCUAAAGAACAGACAACAGCUCAAGGCUCUGGUCAACACAGUCAGCAGCCCUUGUCGUCCAAUCCAGCAUCUCCACCAAAGCAACCGUCUCCUCAAUCCAAGGAGCCGUCGAUUUCGUCCAGCGAACCCACGAGAAACUCAAUCGCAGCCACUGAAGAGGAGUAUGAGUAUGAUCCUAUCACGAUGAGAAAGGUCCUGAAGAUAAAGGACAACGUGGAACCAGCCCCCGAGCAACCCUUCUUGAAGUCUCUUUUCGCAGAGCAUGGUGUAGACAUUCCAGUCAAGACCUACAAACCCCACAGAGUCUUUGGAUAUGGAUCCGAUGCCGCGUCUAAUGUAGGUCCAAGGGUGGAAGCCACCAGUGAUAAGAACUCUCACUUUGGAUCUUCGAGAAGGGCAGAGUUGGCUAGUCUCAUCGCUCAAUCGAAGGGCAAUAAUAUCGAUACAACUGCUCAAUUCACAGAUAUUCCGGCUCAACCCGAGGUCGAGUCAACCACAUCCAAGCCAGAUGCUCGGCCUCAAGCUCAUGAAUCUCCGGAACCGGACGAUACUACCCCACUAUUCUCAGGAACUACAUAUGAAGCAAGAAGCCCGUCAUCAAACUCCCGAGCUCCGUCCUUGUCAGAUUGGCUCUCAAGAGAAGGCUUUCGGCCUGCAGAAAUAUCAUCCCUCAAGGAGAAAACACUGGAGCCUGCACUAGAUCGUAUGGUAUCCGCAGGAGCCGGAGGCACCACAAAUUCUAGUUCAACCGCUGUCGAAUCUACAAUUGUCCAGGAUGCCGCAGGAGCUGUCAAAGCUAAUCAGGGUUUGUCCAAACGAGCACGGAAUAAUGACAUGUCACAGACCACAUCCGAGGAAGACAUCGACCUUCUUCGCGCAAGUGACAUCCGUGCUGCGACCAAGUCUGCUCGGAUUUCGAAGCAGCAAUUGCAAUCAUCAAAGCAAAGAACUCGAUCCAAACUGGAAACAAAUUUCACGGCACAUCAGGUGGUACAAGAUCAGAUACAAAAUAUUGCUGCAAAGAACAUCCCCAAGACUGCUGGGCAGAUAUCGAAAAGUCUGACGAAUAUUUGGAAACAUGUCAAAGAUUACCCAAGUGGAAUCGUCGCAAGAACAAUGCAGUCCAUGACCUCCUUCAAUGAUGACUACAAGAAAUAUGUCAGACCCAGCAACACUUCUCAUCUCACGGAAAAAUUGGUGUUCAAAGACAAAGACUUGAGCACAACCCCCUCCAUCUAUAAAGCCACCACAGUACCCAGCGUUAAACUGUCUUCUCCUUCCUCAGACUUUGAGAAAGAGAUCGCGAAGCGCUUUGAUAGGAUGGAAAGGUUGAAGGCAGCCAAUAAAGAAGCCGAAGAUGCCAAUAAGAAAGUGGACGCGCAAUUAUCGCAGUUGGCAGUAGAACUCAAUGCUAUCUAUGAAGAAGCAUAUCCUUCCACAUCAGAACAACUCACACAUAGUCAAAGUGAGCCAGAGGCUCCCAAACAGAAGCAAGGAGAGGUACAAGACAAUUCGAAGACAAAGACUGUGGAGGCGACUCGACUAGAGAAGGACAUGCAAGAGCCACGACCCGAAGUUCAGAGCAUUGAAACUGGCUUGCAGGUCAUGAAUCCUGCUCAUGAGCAGUCGAGUAAGCUUAAAGUUGUGAUGGAUGGAACUAAAGAACUGCGAAGAGAGUUACACGAAACUGGAAUGGCUAUACGGGCAAUUGAGAGUGGGAGACCUCAAACUGUCUGGAAUACUCCAAGCCCUAUUUCUACGAACUUUGGCAAGAAAAGAAUGGAGCUGACGGACAGACGCCGGGAGCCCACAAAAGUUGACCAGCAGAAUGUUCAACCAACUGUUUCUACCAAGAGUCAUGGCAGACCUUCGGAGCCUGAUGUAUCCACGGUAGCAAAAGAAGUGGUACCCAAGGAAGUCCCGCCUCCUGUUUUCACUCCAUCAGAGUCUCCUAUUUGGAACGAUGAACAGCCACCACCAAUCGAGAGCCUGAGAGAACAACCACUACAAUCACUCUACGCGAUUCUCGUUAAAGAUGGUAAAAGAAUCGUAUUGUCACCAUCUGAUACAAUUCCGGCAUCCUCGGACCCGCCAUCCAGUGCAACUUUGAUCUUGAGCAAACUGCGAUACGCCGCCCACUACCUGCAGUAUUUCGAACGGCUGGAUAAAGACGGGUAUGAUCUCUAUAGUGGUGCGAGGAACAUGCUCAUCUUCCAAAGACGGGGUGUUGCUUCGACCGCGGAGACUUCAUCGCCACCGGUUGCCUCCACUGACAUUUCAUCAACUCCACCAACGUCGGGCAGUGUCAAUCUGCCCAAGGAGAUAGCAACCGUUGUUGAGGGUAUGCCAAAGGAUGUCGAAUCAUCUUCCGACACGGCGGCAACCCAUCCUCUCAAGAAACUUGGGGAACUUUCAUCAAAGUCAACGGUUCGUCGACAGGAAGAGGUCUUUUCUGGCACUAGACGUCCAGGGCAAGCCGCUCCGAGAGAGAAUGAAGACGAGGGACGCUUUGCAGGCAAUGAAAAUAAAGAUGGAAUUUGGAAGAGACUAACACGCACCGUGAGGCGUGCGGUUCUCACUAUUGUGGCUCUUGGUGGUGCAGCAUACACGGUUGGAUUCAUUGCUGAAGGAAUUGGUGCGCAGGCGCAGAUUCAGAAAGGCACCGACGAUGGUCAUGUUCAAGGCCCCAGGAAGAGGGUUGUCAUGAAUGGGCAGAGAGCAGGGAUCUACAGUACCGAAAGCUCGAGGUGA